AUGUCGUUUUCUUGGCCGUGGCAUUUUACGUCUCUCACAGACGCUGAGAAGCAGCAACGUCGGGAGCUUCUGGAUUUACGUGGACUCUACGCGCAGUGCUCGGUGUUGAUUGCUCUUAUUCUGGUUCGAGUAUAUAAGAAGUUCUUUAGCGAAGCCCCUGGCACCGAAAAGCCAGCCGAGAGGCGCUCGCGGCGAAAGAACUUGGAGAAAUCAUGGUUGGAUACGCCCCCAGUUGCUGGUUGGAUGGAGACUCGAAGACAAUACAUCGUCUGUCUCAUCUGGCUUGGCUGGCUUCUGAGUCUUUGCAUCUGGAAUUCUGGUGAAGAUUAUCUCCACUUUACCAAAGCUCUAGCCCAUGUCAGCCUCUCCCAGCUCCCCUUGCAGGUGCUCAUGUCACCGGCCCUGUACAUGAGUCCCUCACCAGGAUCACCGUCCGUCGUGUCGGUUAUCACAUCCGUUCCGCAGCCGACCAUCAACGCCUACCAUCGUCUCUUUGGUCGGAUUGUUCUUGCGCCGCUGCUCAUCGCCCACGCUGUCAUGUACGAUACUUUCUUCCUGCAGUCGAGCCACCCUGAGUUCGGCUCGCUCUUUGCGAAGCGUAUCUGGGAUUCUGAUGUCCAGUGGGGUAUCGCUGCUGCCACCAUGGUGGGCGCGGUCGCUUUCUUUGCUCGUCCGGCAGCCAUGCCUCGCUGGGUACGCUGGUUGAAACCGACAUCUGCCAAGUCCAGACAGCAGGUGUUCUACCUUGUGCAUGUUUCCAUCGUGGGAGCCCUGGAACUUGCGGCUUUCUGCCAUGUUUCGGUGGCGCGCACCUAUAUUCUUGAGUCGUUUGCGAGCUCUGCGAUCAAUUUUGCCUGUUGCUACAUGAUGCAAUAG